UCCCUUCAUAUUAUCAUGCCUCCCAGCCUUCUCAGACCGUUGUUCAGCAUGCUCAGCCUAUCUCAUCCGUGCCGCCCGGCUCUAAUUCGAGCAAGAGGAAGGCAAAUUCUCACUGGGAUAACCGAAAGGGAAAGCGACGAGGUCCCGACUGGUGCAAUCAUCCCUCUUCUGGCAACCGAACCUGCAAGAAAUGUGGCAAGUACCAUAGUGGCGAGUGCUUAGACGACCAGCGAACCUGUUUCAACUGCAACCGUCCAGGCCAGUAUGCCAGUGUCUGUCCGGAGCCCAAGAGGCGGCAGCAGGCUGGGGGACAGGCCCGAGUCUAUACCAUCACCCACGAUGAGGCCGCCCGCAACACAGGUACUAUGUCCGGAAUGCUUUCUAUCUCCAGUGUGCCUGUCUUUGCAUUGUGUGAUACUGGUGCUACCCAUUCUUUUAUCUCUUCUCGUUGCUUGGAGGCCUUUUCUUUUAGUAAUGUGAGUUCUUGUGAUCCUCUCGAGGUUAGUCUAGCCUCGGGAAAAAAUAUUAUCUCUGAUUCGGUGGUUCGUAAUCUUUCUAUUUGUAUUGGUGGUCGAGUUCUGGAGGCCGAUGUGUAUGUAAUUGAAAUGCAAGACUUUGAUGUGAUCUUGGGCAUGGACUGGCUCACUCAUUAUCGAGCCGAUAUCCGGUGCCAGGAGCGCGAAGUCACCCUCUUUCCCGACUCUGAUCAGCCUGUUGUGUUCUAUGGGGUGAAGUCGAGGAUCGUGCCUCAAGUCAUCUCUUCUAUGCAAGCUAGGAAUAGCCUUUCCAAGGGUAGCUGUCAAGGCUAUCUUGUUCCUUUGGUAUCCGAUGUUGUUGAUGAGCGAGUACCCGAGAGAGUAUCCAUCGUUUGCGAGUACCUCGACAUUUUUCUUGACAAUUUGCCCGGAGGACUGCCGGACCGCCAGGUGGAGUUCAACAUUGACCUAGUUCCAGGAGUCGGCCCCGUUUCUAAGGCUCCUUAUCGUAUGUCGCCGAGGGAGCUUCAAGAGCUCAAGGCCCAGAUCCAGGAGUUUCUUAAGCUCGAUUUUAUUCGUCCGAGUGUCUCGCCGUGGGGUGCGCUCGUCCUAUUCGUGAAGAAGAAAGACGGAUCUAUGCGCAUGUGCAUUGACUAUCGGGAGUUGAAUGCCCUUACCGUCAAGAACAAGUAUCCCCUUCCCCGUAUUGAGGACCUUUUCGACCAGCUGAGAGGAGCCAACAUUUUCUCAAAGAUUUACUUGCGUUCUGGUUAUCAUCAACUUAAGAUCCGGGAGUCGGAUAUUUCUAAGACUGCUUUUCGUACCCACUAUGGCCAUUAUGAGUUCGUAGUCAUGCCGUUCAGACUCAGCAACGCCCCAACCGUUUUCAUGGACCUUAUGAAUAGGGUCUUUCAUCCUUUCCUGGACCAGUUCGUCAUUGUGUUCAUCGAUGACAUUCUGGUGUAUUCCCGAGACAUUGAUCAGCAUAAGGAGCAGUUGAGGAUUGUGCUGGAGACUCUUCGCCGCGAGAAGUUGUAUGCUAAGUUCUCGAAGUGCGAGUUCUGGUUGAACCGUGUGGCAUUUCUUGGCCACAUUGUGACAGCUCGACGCAUUGAGGUGGAUCCCAGCAAGAUUGAGGCGGUGAGCAAAUGGGAUACGCCAAGAAGUGCUGCGGAUGUUCGUAGUUUCCUGGGGUUAGCAGGAUACUACAGGACGUUUAUCGAGGGCUUCUCGAAGAUAGCCCAGCCACUGACCAACCUUACGAAGAAAGCCGUGAGGUUUGAUUGGAGUCCUCAGUGCGAGGAGAGUUUCCAGGAGUUGAAGAGGAGACUCACUACCGCGCCUAUCCUAUCCAUACCCGACCCUACUUUGGAGUUCACCAUCUAUAGCGAUGCUUCGAAGAUGGGUUUGGGUUGUGUCCUUAUGCAGCAGAGGAAAGUCGUAGCUUAUGCUUCGAGGCAGCUGAAGCCUCACGAGCAGAACUACACCACUCAUGAUCUUGAGUUAGCUGCUGUUGUUCACGCCUUGAGGAUUUGGCAGCACUACCUCUAUGGAGGCAAGUGUAAGAUCUUUAUCGACCACAAGAUCCUAAAGUACAUUUUCACUCAGAAGGAGCUGAACAUGAGGCAGCGUAGAUGGUUGGAGCUGGUCAAGGACUACGACUGCACCAUUAGCUAUCACCCUGGGAAAGCUAACGUGGUAUCCGAUGCCCUUAGUCGGAGGAGUUAUGGCCAGCUAUCUUGCUUGUUCACCGGGCAGGAUGUCCUUGUUCGGGAGUUCGAGCGAUUACAGCUAGAGGCA